AUGUUUUCGUGUAAUGCUGUUGAAGAUCCCGGACAUGCAAACAAUAAUGCGUCAAAUAACCGGACACGCCCGUUGAAAGAUGACGUGUUCAGCUUUAUUGAUUCUAACAUUCGGGGAAUACGAUAUUCCAUAUAUGGAGUUGGUGUUGUCGGAGUCAUCCUAAUCCUCAGGUCUACCAAAGCUACCCAUGUAUUCCGUAACGUCUCCGACAUCCCCAGGAUCUAUGUCACCCGCAACAUCGUCCUACAGGGCCGGGUCGACAACAUCGGAACAGACUGUUGUCUCCACGUCACACACCGCCCACUCAUAGCUCUGCCGUCCUUCCUGAAGUCGCAUAGUGUCCACGAGGCAAGUUUGCCAAUAUAUAUGGCGGGAAUCGAACCAAGUCCUGUUGGCCGGAAAUGGCUUAUUGACAAGGUUAAAGGGCAACAUAUAUGGUUCAAGCUGCUGGAGAGGUCAUGUGACUCCGAUAGACUGGACUGUUUAGUCUCCAUAAGGAAGCGCUUCCUGUUCAAAACUGUCGUAAAUGAAGAGCUGAUACGUCUCGGACUGUGUCGUCUGCGUGAGUAUCCAACUCCUCCCGUUGCGCCAGUCUACAAUCACGUGAUCAACAAAAUGGUCGCCAUAGAAGCCAAGCUGGACCGGAAACUAUCCCCCCACUAGAGUCGGAACUGCAGCCAGGACAGUUAAGAAUGUCCUUGUGUACAUCGUGACAUUUCCGAAGACGCUGCUGACAUAUUUGUCGAAAUUUAGACGACAAUAAAACUGACUUUUCACAAAUAUUGGAUCUCAGUUUGUGUAAACGAUGGCUGGUCGUUGAUGUUAUACUGUUGAGGAUAACUUUUGUUCUUGAUCAGUUUUCGUUUUAUCUUCUCGGUGCUUUUCCCAUCUCUGGUGUAUUUACAUAUACGCAGAACAGACUGACAUUUUGUUGCAGUGAUGUUGAAUUUGUUUACGCUUUUCAUGAUUCGACCGUGGAUGUCGUCACUGUCAUGAUUUUAUCUUUUUUUCAGAACGCAGUGGAAUAAAGUGAUGUUUUGUUCAAAUACUUAUGUUUCAUAAUGAUUAGAUAUGCUGAAGGAUAUGCUGAAUGUAUCACGCUCACGUACUCAACCAAACUUUAUUCGAUGCUGAUAUAGCAAUAGGCCACAUUGUUGUUACAGGAAAUACACAAUACAAUUCUGCUGACCUGA